CGGGCCUCCUGAGAGAACCUUAGAUCCAGGGUGCUCCUCCAGCCAGGAUGAGGCUCUUCAUCGCACUUUCUGUCCUGAUCGUGGUCGUAGCCAUGGCUUUGGAAGGCCCAGCCCCCGCCCAGGUGGCCCCUGACUUUUCCAACGAAAUGGAGAGCUUACUGGAUAAACUGAAAGAGUUUGGGAACACUUUGGAAGAUAAGGCCUGGGCAGCCAUUGAGCAUAUCAAACAGAAGGAAAUUAUGACCAAGACUCGGAACUGGUUUUCAGAAACGCUCAACAAAGUGAAGGAGAAAUUAAAAACCACAUUUGCCUGAGUGCCUGGCGAGCCACAUCGCAGCAGCAAAGAGGGCCACGUGACGGGCCAGGUCCCUCUUCAAAUACCAAUAAAAACUUGUAGAGA